UCUGGAUGAUUCGACAUGAUGGUUAGACCUCUGAAGUUUUUUGUGUUUCUACUGUUCUCUCCCAGCACCUGGGCUGAAGGGAUCAGGAGCAUGAGGUUCCUGCAGCUGAAGCCUGGAGAGGAGUUCACUGUGGUGUGUUCCACCACACUGCGGGACCAAGAAGGGCUUUACCUGUAUCAUAGCCUGCCUGAUAAGAAAAGUGUUCUGUACUUGGACAAGGAUACCUAUAAACUAACACCAGGUGGUCGAUUCGAACACAAGCUCAAGACAGAAGGACAGCUCGAAAACUUCACCGUCACAAUCAGCAACCUGACGGAGGAUGACUCUGGCCUUUACUGGUGCCUGUACAAUAAAUUUGUAGACCACAACAUGAAGACAGUCCAAGGUGAUGGGCAGUUUACAAUGCUUCAUGUGACCGUGGGGCCCUCACCUCCCAGCUUAACGGAAGGAACCCCCACAGCCUCCGUGAAGAAGGAAGAGGGGCGGGCUGAACGGGCCCAGGUGUCCUCCGCUCUGGUGAUGGUCAGCGCCCUGGCCGCCGGUGCCGUGGUCCUGCUCUGCAUCGUCAUCCUAAUAGUAUGGGGCGCCCCCAGGGUUAAGAGGCUUUGCAAGAGGCAGCAAAGUUUUCAACCAAGCCCCCACGAGAUUGUCUACGAGGACAUGCGCCUGAAUCGAGCUCCGUGAGGCGACCAGCUCGGUCUGGAGACACCUGCUACGGACAGGAGACACGGAUCCCAAGCCGGGCAGCUGCGUGCCGUCACUUGCCGGACGCAAUCACUCUGCAGCUUGCGGUGCAAGCCGAUCG